CAAUUAUGAGCCCAAAAGCGCCGGAUUGUCUAGAAUCGAAUGUCUUUAUCUUUAUCAUGCGGGGUUUAUUAGAGCAUUUUCUAAAAGAGGGGAAAUGUGGAGCUCAGGUGGCGUGUUAAAGAAGCUGAUCAGGUGGAUUUGGAGUGUCUGUGAAGUUCAGAGAUUCCCGGUGAUUUUGUUUCCGGUGCUGCUGCUUUCGUCCCAAAAGAGUGCUGAAGUGAGGUGUGUGGUGAAGGACAGGAUGACCUUGUAGUUGAAAUACCAGAAGGCUAGAAACAGGACAACAAACAGGCAGUCUGGGAAAAAAGGGAAUUAUAUUGAGGAAUAUUACCCAGCCGGGUGUUUUGUUUUUUUUCGAGCUGAAAGAGAAAAAUUUUUGCAAUAAAAAAGGAUACUGAUGGUGAUUCUCUCCCAUUUCUCCACCAUGUACAUCUCCGUGACGAGGCACCAUCUGCAAGAGAUUAGAAUUUUGAGGGUCAGUUGAUGGGAUAAGAUGAGAAAGAGGUCAGAGAUUCACCUGAACCACCAGUAGUUGAUGAACUUCCAAAUACCCGAAAUUGCCUCCAUUGCCAUAGUCUGUUGUCUUCCUUGUUUUGCACACACAACCCCACAGGCAAUCUCUGUGGCUCUAUCACCGGCACUUGAGACGGCCUCGUGCUACUGCAGAGAUAAGUACAAUUUUCCACAAAUUGAACACUUCCGCCGAAAGCCACAACACCUCGCACAAUUUGCAGAAAGUAACUCUGAUUUUUUACCACCAGAGGCGCUCAUGAUAGGAACAGAUUUGAUUUUGGAGGGUUUCUGAGAUCUGCGCUGAAAAAUUUUCUUCGGCUGCUAAAUGAUUUUAUCCGAUAUAUUUACUCUUUUCAUAACUUUAAUUAUUUUUAGCAUAUUUUAAACUUCUGUCUCUGUAAUUCUUCAUCAUUUAAAACUAUUUUAAUCAUCCAACAUAGAGCGAAUCGCAUAAAAUUUAUGCAUCCCCAUUUGGCAACAGUGCAACUGUCCAACAAAUUUCCACGGAUAAUUUUUUAUAGGGUAUUCACUUGUCACAUUUUUCCUGAGAUUUUUUUCUCAGUGUACUUUGUGUUUUUGUGUGGGUUGCAGACAGGAAAUUUCCGUGAAUUUUCCCUGUGAGAAUAUGGCAAGUGAAUCGUCAAAAAAGGCCCCAAAGGCCAAGACACCCGAAGAGAUCUUUGCAGAAUUCCAAACUCUGCGCAAUGAACAGCGUAGCCUGGCCAACAGAAUAGCAGAAUAUGAGAUGGAUUUGAAGGAGCACAGGACAGUCAUUGACACACUAAAGACAGUGGAUGAGAGUAGAAAGUGCUUCAGGCUGAUUGGUGGGGUGCUCUGUGAGGGAACAGUUCAGGGGGUUCUGCCUCAACUCACGGACAGCAAGGAGCAGCUAGAGAAGCUGAUUGGAGCUGUAACGGAGCAGCUGACGAAGAAGGGCCAAGAGAUUAACAAAUUCAAAGAGGAGAACAACAUACGAAUUGGACAGCCAGGAGCCUCAAGUGCGCCCCCAGAAGACAGCGAGACGAAGCCAGAUGAGAGUCAACAGAGCAGGAACGUCCUUGUGGUGAACAAUUAACUCCACUGUCUUUACCGAUAAAUACCUCUUGUUCUAUGAUUUACUUAAAAAAAAAUGAAUUUUUAACUAUUA